GUGGGUAACGCGCGCGACACUGGAACAUAUACGCACGAGUCCGAAAAUAAGCGUCGAGCUACGCGCCCGUAUUGCAAAAUACGACUCGGUUUUAACCGUUUAAAAUUAGAUUAAAUACUUCGGAUUGCGGCAGUGGCAAUUUUUUUUGUCGAUAUACAGUGAGGGUUAUUUCCCCAAGUGUUAAUUUUGAUUUUGGAGAAAUGCCGUCUUUAUCGUCGCCCACGCAGUCGAUGGACACCGUCUAUCCGGAACCGAUGUCGAGGUUGCACAGGCGGAUGGUACCGAAAAAGAGAAGAGGCAGCUCCACAAGAUACCGAACGCAGCCUGUAACAUUCUCCGAAAUACAGGAAGUGGAUGAGGAUAAUGUGAGCGAUGAUACUGUUGCUACCUCGUCCACGGCUUCGACGCAAGAGCUGCAUGUGUUAAAUGAAAAAUUUGAAGAAUUCAAGAGAACCAGAGACUUGAUGUUUAGCAGACUAGAUGGCACCGACAACAACGUAGAUAACAACAUUCAAAACCAAGCACCCUUACAGACUUCGCGGUCUAUAGGCAAGCUUCCCUCUAGGCCUUCAUUUUAGCAUUUUUAAAGAAGUUUUUUUUGUUAUUUUUGAUAGGUUUUUCUAAUGUUUUUUUUUUAAUAGAUAUAACCUCUAAUCAACAGCGUCGCGUUGUUUAUGUACAUAUAGCUUAGUGCAAUGUAUUAAGGAAUUAGUUUUUUAUAAUAAA